AAAAAAAUGUCUAGUUUGCUUUCUGUGACUUAAAAAAUCUACUCUUUUAAAAGAAUUUUGAAAAAUGCCGUUUCCAGCAGCCACUUGAUAAAAUGUAGAGGUUUGCCUUCAUUUUUUGCAUCAGUCUGCGCGAGUGUGUCGUGGAAGAAGGUUGUCCAUCAGUAUUCGGUGAAAAUGGCGGAAGCCACAGGUGUAUCAAAUGUAAAUCCGAAUGCUGAGGUUGUAAGAGGUCAGUUAUUCGAAGUGGGGCCGCGCUACACAAAUUUAGCCUACAUAGGCGAAGGCGCCUACGGAAUGGUCGUAUCCGCCCUGGACACAGUAACAAACACAAAAGUCGCGAUAAAGAAAAUUUCGCCGUUCGAGCAUCAAACCUACUGUCAGAGGACUCUCCGAGAAAUUAAAAUACUCACAAGGUUUAAACACGAAAACAUUAUCGACAUACGGGACAUACUGCGAGCAGUGACGAUAGAUCAAAUGCGAGACGUAUACAUAGUGCAAUGUUUAAUGGAAACAGACCUUUACAAACUUCUUAAAACACAGAGACUGAGUAACGACCACAUAUGUUACUUCCUAUACCAAAUCCUUCGAGGGCUGAAAUAUAUACACUCGGCAAAUGUACUUCAUAGGGAUUUAAAACCUAGCAACCUUCUCUUAAAUACAACCUGCGAUCUUAAAAUUUGUGAUUUCGGAUUGGCCCGCGUCGCCGAUCCCGAACAUGAUCAUACAGGGUUCCUUACCGAAUACGUAGCAACCAGAUGGUACAGAGCGCCGGAAAUAAUGUUAAACUCAAAAGGAUACACAAAGUCCAUAGAUAUUUGGUCGGUGGGGUGUAUUUUAGCGGAAAUGUUAUCAAACAGGCCGAUCUUCCCAGGAAAACACUACCUUGAUCAGUUAAAUCACAUUCUCGGAGUUCUGGGUUCGCCGUCAGAAGAGGAUCUCAAUUGUAUCAUAAACGAAAAAGCGAGGAGUUACAUCCAGUCUUUGCCAUACAAACCGAAAGUUCCUUGGUCUAAGCUAUUCCCGAACGCCGAUCCGAAGGCGCUGGACCUUUUGGAUAAAAUGUUGACGUUUAAUCCUCACAGGAGAAUAGGUGUAGAAGGAUCGUUAGCGCAUCCUUAUUUAGAACAGUAUUAUGAUCCGGCAGAUGAGCCCGUGGCCGAAACUCCAUUCCGUUUUGAUACCGAACUGGACGACUUACCAAAAGACCAACUGAAGAGGUUAAUAUUCGAAGAGACGUUAAUAUUCAAACAGAAACAGCAACAGGAGCAGCAACAGGCGAUGGCUGCUUCAUAGUCAUUUGAGAUAAGUGUUUAAUUUAUUUGAUUACGUUGAUACCAAUAAUUUAAUUAUUGUUCUGUUGGGUGAAGGCAAAAUUGUGCUUUGAUGGUUACUUCUUCAGAAGAGCAGGAAAAUUUUAUAGUAUUGCUUUUUAUAUUACAUUAUGUAUUUUAUUUUGUAUUUGUUGUGAAUUUAUAAAGAUUAGUUGUAAAUAAGUUACAAAUAUUCGGAGGAAGUGUUACAGUAUACAAUAGUGUAGACAGUAAGGAACUCAAAAUACAAAUAUAUAUUUUUGAAAUAUUAGUUUUUGUAAAGUAAAUACAUCGUGGUUGUGUCAAAAAUUCACUAUUACUUGUUACACGCAACGUUUUGUUGUUCUCCAGUACUCUUAACAGUGCCAUUCCAAAUGAAUUCAACUUUAAAUCUCUGUGUAUUCUAAACGUUGUUUCAAAUAUUCUAGUAACCGAAAACGGUAAUUUAAUUCAUUUACUGUUAUAUCAUCAUCGUAUGGAACAUCGCAAUCAUCGUUCAUCCAUUUUCAUCAAGUAAUUCAUAUACAGGGUGGCUCAAUUUUGUUUUUCCGCGAUCGAGAUAGAUUAGUAGCUGAGACGUUCUGUAGAAUCGUGAUUGAUUUCUUAUGCGCUGUUCACCCUGUAUAUACAGUUGAGUGAGACUUGGCGUGUCGAUUUCGGGACAGUGGGGAUUCUUAUCUUUUUUUUUUAAUUAAAAAGCGUCGAAAAUUAACAUUACAUCAGGAAUCACGCACACAGAAAAAAUAUCAAAACUUUUAAAUUGAAGCUUUUAAUAAUACUUUUUAAAUAGGUGUAUAAUAUUAGGUGAAUAACCAUAAUAUUUUGUCUGUGAUUUGACUUCAUUUUAUGGUAAAUGUGUAUCUAUUUGUAAGUAGUUUUAGGGUAGGUUUAAACAGAAUUAUUUACUGAGUGUUUGUCUUUACCAAAAGUUAAAGUUCUUCGUGUGUAAUGUCUGUCAAUAAUAUAUCAAGUCAUGGGAAAAUUUUAUUGCAUUUGUAACGUUUUGUAGUAAGAUAAAAGUCAAUUUCGAAGUUAUCCACUUUUGCUUGCAAUAUAGCUACAAGAACCGAAUCUUCCAUUUUUUAACAAACUUUUCAAAAGUAUACAUACGUCGUCAUGUUAUCAAGUAAAUUUGUCCUAUUUUCGUAAAAUAUACUCGACAAGUACAUAAAUGCAGGACGGUGAACGUACGAAGAAGACGUUAAUAUUCCAUGUUAGUUACCACGACUCGUUUUUCUUGUUAUCAAGAGUCAAGUACAAUAUUAUUGACGGUAUUGAAAAUGCGUUCUGAACAUAUCUCGAUACGAUUUUGUUCUUUCUAGUGUAUGUUACAGUUUUUCUUUAAGAUUUUUAAUGUUUUUGGAACGUGAAGCUUGUAUGGAGAAUGGUUGUUACAAGGCCUAAAUCGUUUCUUUCUAUAAAUGUUGUUAUAAAGAUAGUACUGUUAUAGUGUGUUGCAUUCUUAUAGGCGUCUUAAUUAUAUAGUUCUCAUAGAUGUACAAUAAAGAAAUGAAUAUGA